GGGCUUCCUUGCAAUGCCUGGGGACCAACCCCUUCCCUCUGAGCACCGCUGCGGCUGCCGCCAGGGGCAAAGAGGCCACUGCCGUCUCCAUUUCUGGCGCUCGCUGUCUGCCCGCCUCCUGGCUCUGCCCUCCCCCAUGAAUAUUUGAAUCCACAAAUCUAGAAUUUGCAAAUACUAAAUACUUGAACAAGACCAUCAGUUUUAAAUGUAUUUUGUUAUUUAGUGCUACAGUAAAGUUCCAAAGACACACAUCCUUUAUUCACAAAAUAUAUAUGAAAUAUGUAGAGGAAAUGCAAGCUUCCCUACACUGCCUCAUUGCUUUUCAACCCUCUUGUGGAGGGACUUUUGCUGUGAGUGACAUUAUUACUUAACCGCCAGACUGGGUUAGUUUGAAUUUGAUUAUGAACCUUAGUAAUGUCAAUUUUAAUAUUAAUUAUGGUGGUAAAACCAGACCACCAUUUCCUUUGGCCUACAUAACUGAACCCCAUUGUCAGGUGGUAUAAACUUUUAUGUUUACGCUGAACCAGCUUUGACUGGUGAUUUCCUUGAGAGACAGUUCCUCGUUUUCUCCACCCAGUCAUUCACUGCCUUUCUGUCCACUGCAGGUCAUAGAAGUGUGUUGCAGCAUUGUCAACUCUCUCAAUUUUGCUGAAAGUCUGGAAAUACUGCAUGUUUUUCUUAGUCUAAGCUGCUGGAAUCAAGAGAUUGCAUGAGAAUCUCAGUUUUCAUCAAAAAAUAUUAUCACUUGUGAUUGCAGAGAAAAACUUGAAAACCUGCCCUAAUUGCACACUAAAAGUUCAGAAACUUAAGACAAAUAAAAGCAAACUAAUAUUUAAAAAAAAUCUCAUGAGUUUAAGCUGGUCUCAUAAUUUGAGACACCACUCAUGUCUGGCAAUACUGAGGUUGUGUAGGUGUCCAGCCCCUUUUGCUAGCUUUCAUAUGCAUACCAUUUCUACUGACUAGAGCUCUCUGUGGUUUUGGUUUUCAAAGCUUUUCCACUGUGAUUAGCUUUUCUUUUAGCUUUGUGUGUUCAGUUACCAGUUUGGUCUUUAAUUCCCUCUCUUGAAAUACUCUCUUCAAGUGUUCCUUUAACUACCUUUUUACAAUACUUUUUUUCAGACAUUAUGCUCUAUGGCUGUGUGCUGUUUAACUUGAGUGUAUUCCUAGCAGUGAAGGAGAAUUAUAUAAGCUGCAAAUACAGGAUGUAAAAUGUUCUUCUUUUGAGCUGUCAGAACUUGUGUGAGGGUUGGCAGAGCUCUCAUCCUCCAAACAAUUUAAAAACAUAGGUUUCAUUUUACAUCCUCUGUAAUCUAGGCUUCCACAGGGCUCUUUGUGACUAUUAAUGUUUACAUUUAUCAAACAGAACAAAACUGUCUAAAUGCGAGAUGAGGGUUUAACCAUCUAACAAAAAAGUAGGUCAAUGGGCUAGCAGGUUAUUAGGCCAGAAAAGAAUGAGUGGGUUCACUGAGUCAUGCUGUAGUUGUUUUUCUUCUUUUGGCAGAGCUCUCUGCUCUGCUUUAAUUUAGUGUGUUAAUUUUUUAAAAGUGGUGAUUAACCAUUUAAAAGCUUUCCGUAGCUAUAGGGAGAGCUUUUUAAUGAAUCUGAAAUGUACUUCUUGUACUUUUUACUUGUGUAAAAAUAGAAAUUUUUAAACCGUUAGCAAAACACAGGGCCAGUAAGCAAAAGUGAAGCACAGAAAUUUUGAGUAAUUCUUUCCUUUAGAGAAAAGCAAUAUUUUUCUUAGUAUAUAUUCUAGUUAAAGCAUUGUACAGUGCAGUAACAGAAAAUAACAGUGCAGUGCAACAUAUAGUAAAUAAUUUAAAGCAUUCUGUCCUAAAGAUAAUAACAUGUAAGGCUAUGUCAGAUUUCCCCUAGGGAGCACUUGCAUCGGAUCCCUGACUUUGUCUAGUCUGUUUAUCCCAUGAAGCCAGCCCCUGAAGAAAAGUGAUAUUAAUAUAAAAACCUGGUAGACUCGAGCAUUAAAUCAUUCAUAGUGGUGCAAUGAUAUACAAGGCACUGAUCUUUUCAAGCAGACUUGUCUCACUGUAGAGGCAGGUAGAGGAGAGGGACAAAGGAAAAGAACUGUGACCUGACUUUACCAGGAUCUACUCUUUCCUCACGAAACUGGGAAAUUGGCUUAGCGGUCACUCCCAGAGAGUGGUAGUAGAUGGGUCGGUAUUGACCUGGAAGGAUGUGGGCAGUGGGGUCCCGCAGGGUUCGAUCCUUGGACCUGUACUCUUCAAUAUCUUCAUCAGUGACUUGGAUGUGGUGUGAGGUGUACUCUGUCCAAGUUUGCAGACGAUACUAAAUUGUGGGGUGAAGUGCACACUUCGGAGGGUAGGGAACAAUUGCAGGCAGACCUGGACAGGUUAGAAAAGUGGGCAGUACACAAUAGGAUGCAGUACAACAAGGACAAGUGCAGAGUGCUGCACCUAGGGCGCAAAAAUAUCCAGCACACCUACUGGCUAGGAAGUGACCCUCUCAGCAGCAUAGAAGCAGAAAGAAAUCUCACAGUCAUAGUGGACUCCGAGAUGAACAUGAUUCAUCAGUGUGAUGAAAUCAACAGCAAAGCUAACCGAACUUUAUCAUGUAUCAGUAGAAGCAUGACAAAUAAUACUUCCCCUCUAUGCAGCAUUGGUCAGGCUGCAUUUGGAGUACUGCGUCCAGUUUUGGCUGCCAUACUUCAAGAAGGACGUUGAUAGACUUGAGGGUCCAGAGGAGGGCCACUCAUAUGGUUAGAGGUUUACAGGACAAGCCCUAUCAGGAGAGACUGAGGGACCUGAACCUCUUCAGCCUCUGCAGGAGAAGGCUGUGAAGUGAUCUUGUAGUCACCUCCAAAUUCAUUAGGGGAACACAACAAAGGAUCGGAGAUGCUCUGUUCACCAGGGCGCUUCUUGGGAUAACAAGGAACAAUGGUCACAAACUGAUAGAGAGCAGAUUUAGGCUAGAUUUCAGGAAAAAUUUCUUCAUGGUAAGGGUGGCCAAAAUUUGGAAUGGGUUUCCAAGGGAUGUGGUGCUCUCCCCUACCUUGGGGGUCCUUAAGAGAAGGCUGGAUAGGCAUCUGGCUGGGGUCACCUGACCCCAACACUCUUUCCUGCCUAGACAGGGGGUCGGACUCAAUGAUCUGUUGAGGUCCCUUCUGACCCUAGCAUCAAUGAAUCCGUUAAACCAUUUGCCACAUCUGCAAUUUGAACAAGCAACUAUCAGAUUGGCUUCCUCAGUUAUCUGUAGACUCACUGAUGACUUUCCUAUUUACUGGAAGACUGUCCUCCUUGUACUGAGGGACUGUUGCCACCGCUGAUGAAGCCAGCCCCAGGCAUGGGUUCUAGGGUGGGAUGAGCCCCUGGCUCUUUUCAGCUAAGAGAUGUGGCUGUUCAGUUCUUGACCCUCCCUGGUCGCACAGCAUCUGUCCUCAGUUCAGCUUCUCAGAGAGGGAGAUUUAACCUCUUCAGAUUGGAAGAGGGGCACCCCAAAGUACCAAGCAGCAAAACAGUUUCUCUUCAACAGAGGCAUUAAUUGGGUAACUCCAGUACAGCCAGCAAAGUUCUUGCUCUCUCCAAAGGAUUGAGCAGUACCUCUGUCUCCGGUUCAGUCUGCACUGCCUCUGAGCACUCGAGUUAGCUCAGCUGUCACUUUCUUGCUCUUAAGCAGAAACUCCCCAGUUCAGACCCUUCCCCUGUUGCUCUUAUUUCAUCCACAUCCUCCAGUCUCUACAUAGAGACACCACAUCUUUUCCAGAUGGUUGUUGAUUGGAAUCCACCUGAUACAUCAGCAAAGGCUGUUCAGCUCUGUGUUGCUGCAGAUGCACCCUGUCUUGUCCGGCAGGUAUGCAGCUAUGGGUCUUAUUAACCUUUUUCCCCUUAUGUACAAAUUAGCUGGAGAAACCAAGACAUGCAAACAUAUUACAACAUAAACACAUUUUAAACCCAAAAUACUACAACAAAACUAGUCUAUCACAAGGGAAAGGGGAGGAAAUGUAGAGAAAAGCCAGCACAGAAGGCUUGUUCAAGACUAAAUGAACUCUGUGGGGAAUACAUUUGAACCAAAAAAAUGAUUGCAUAAAGAGAAUGAAUGGUGGUAGUUGAGAGGCUGGUAGGAAAGGAGUAAGAAAGAGCAAAGGUAGGAGAUAAGUUUUGAAUAGUGACAAAGUAAUUUUGGCCUCUAAAAGAAAAGCAGACAAAUAGCUGUCUGAGGUGGUAGGAGAAAUGUAACAGUGAAUCUUUGCAUGUCUUUGAGUAGACAACAGCAUUCUAUACAUUGGAGAGGAACUGAGGUAGUCACCAGUGAGAGAAGGAUAUAGAGGUCAAUGAGAUCUUCAAGGAGUUUUAGGUAGUGGUGGCAACAGAUGCUGUUUUGACUGUAGCAGUAGGCAGAUUUGGAGAUUGAAGUCAGGGCUGUUCAACCUAAUGCUGCUUCCCCCCAUCAUUCCUGCUGCUGCUGGUGUCUUUGGGCUCCCCUUCCCUCCUCCUGCUUCCACUUCCAGUCCCAAGCCUUACGGUCAAGUGGGAUAAUCCAUCGAUUCACCUGCACGCUGUACAAGGGAAGAAGGGACUACAUGGCCACUGGUUGCUCAGUAAUUGGGCAGCCUGAGAGUUCAGAGAGUUUUAAUGUUCUUCUGUACAAGAGGAUAAAUUUUAAACCCCGUUUUUUGGAAGAAUCAGUGUUUUAUCCAUCACAUCACGGUUCAGUUUAACAUCCCAAAAGUGUCAGAGGCAGUCAUACAAAUGUCUACCUCAAGACUAAAGUGUGACAUGUUAUGUUCUUUACCGUGAGCACCCAUAAAAUGAGCUCCAUUGCAGACAGUUUUUUCUCUUGUAGAGAUGAUGGUAGCAUUUUUGAUGGGCUGGUGGAAGAAGAUGACAAGGAUAAAGCAAAAAGAGUGUCUAGAAAUAAGUCUGAAAAGAAACGUAGGGAUCAGUUUAAUGUUCUCAUCAAAGAACUGGGUUCCAUGCUCCCAGGCAAUGUUCGAAAGAUGGAUAAAUCCACUGUACUGCAGAAAAGUAUUGACUUUUUACGGAAGCACAAAGAAAUCUCUGCACAGUCGGAUGCCAGUGAAAUCCGACAGGACUGGAAACCAACAUUCCUUAGUAAUGAAGAGUUCACACAAUUAAUGUUGGAGGCUCUUGAUGGUUUUUUUUUAGCAAUCAUGACAGAUGGAAGUAUAAUAUAUGUGUCUGAAAGUGUAACUCCCUUACUUGAACAUUUACCAUCUGAUCUUGUGGAUCAGAGUAUAUUUAAUUUUGUCCCAGAGGGAGAACAUUCGGAAGUUUAUAAAAUACUGUCUAAUCAUCUGCCGGAAAGCGAUUCAUUGACCCCAGAAUAUUUAAAAUCAAAAAAUCAACUAGAAUUCUGUUGCCAUAUGCUACGAGGAACAAUAGACCCAAAGGAGCAAACUACAUAUGAAUAUGUAAAGUUUAUAGGAAAUUUCAAGUGUUUGAACAAUAAAUAUGAAAAGUUGAGCAGGAGAGGGGACUACCAGAGCUGCUAUAUAUUUUUGCCUAACUCAGCACACAAUGGUUAUGAAGGAACUAUUCAGCGGUCCCAUAGGCCGUCAUAUGAAGACAAAGUUUGCUUUGUAGCUACAGUAAGGUUAGCUACACCUCAGUUUAUCAAGGAAAUGUGUACUGUUGAAGAACCCAAUGAAGAGUUCACAUCCAGACACAGCUUAGAAUGGAAGUUUCUGUUCUUGGAUCACAGGGCGCCUCCAAUAAUAGGCUAUUUACCAUUUGAAGUUCUGGGGACAUCAGGCUAUGAUUAUUAUCAUGUGGAUGACCUAGAAAAUCUGGCAAAAUGUCACGAACACCUAAUGCAAUAUGGGAAAGGAAAGUCAUGCUAUUACAGGUUCCUGACAAAGGGGCAACAGUGGAUUUGGCUACAAACCCAUUACUAUAUUACUUAUCAUCAGUGGAAUUCCAGACCAGAGUUUAUUGUCUGUACACACACUGUAGUAAGCUAUGCAGAAGUUCGAGCAGAAAGAAGGCGAGAACUUGGUAUUGAAGAGUCUCUUCCAGAGAUAACAGCAGAUAAAAGUCAGGACUCUGGGUCUGACAAUCAUAUAAAUACAGUAAGUCUCAAAGAAGCUUUGGAAAGAUUUGAUCGCAGCCCCACACCUUCUGCUUCCUCCAGGAGUUCAAGGAAAUCUUCUCAUACUGCAGUCUCAGAUCAUUCAUCAACACCAACAAAAAUGACAAUGGACACUAGCACCCCUCCAAGACAAAAUUUAUCUGGCCAUGAAAAGACUACACAAAGAAGAUCAUCACUUACUAGCCAGUCUUUAAGCUCUCAAUCUGCUGGACAACCAUUAGCACAGCCAAUGAUGUCUCAAUCUGCAUCUUUACAGAUCCAGCCAGGCAUGUCCCAGCCUAUGUUUCAGUUUUCAGCUCAGUUAGGAGCUAUGCAGCACCUGAAGGACCAAUUGGAGCAAAGAACGCGAAUGAUAGAGGCAAAUAUUCAUCGACAGCAAGAAGAGUUGCGGAAGAUUCAAGAACAACUUCAACUGGUCCAUGGUCAAGGACUUCAGAUGUUCUUGCAGCAAUCACCUCCUGGACUAAACUUUGGUUCUGUGCAACUUACUUCUGGAAACUCUUCUAACCUUCAGCAGCUGACACCAAUAAAUAUGCAAAGUCCGGUUGUUCAAACUAAUCAAAUUCAAGGAGGAAUGAAUACUGGGCAUAUUAGUACUCAGCAUAUAAUACAGCAACAGCCUUUGCAAAAUACUGUAACACAGCAUAAUCAACCAAAUGUACUUAGCGGACACAAUCAACAGACUUCUCUCUCCAGUCAAUCACAGAGCACGCUUUCGGCCCCCUUGUAUAACACUAUGGUGAUUUCUCAGCCAACAACAGGAAAUGUUGUCCAGAUUCCAUCAAGCUUACCACAGAACAAUAACCAGAGUGCUGCAGCCGUAACCACUUUCACACAAGAUAGACAGAUCAGGUUUUCUCAAGGUCAGCAACUUGUAACAAAAUUAGUCACUGCCCCUGUAGCAUGUGGAGCAGUAAUGGUACCAAGCACUAUGUUUAUGGGGCAGGUGGUGACAGCCUACCCUACUUUUGCUGCACAACAGCAACAGGCACAGACGUUAUCAAUUGCUCAACAGCAGCAGCAGCAACAACAGCAAGGUCAGCAAGAGCAGCAACAGCAGCUCAGUACAGUUCAGCAGCCAGCUCAGACUCAGCUGGCCCAUCAUCCCCAUCAGUUCUUACAGACAUCCAGGUUACUUCAUGGAAACCAAUCAGCUCAGCUCAUUCUUUCUGCUGCUUUCCCACUACAACAGAGCACUUUUACUCAGUCUCACCACCCGCAGCAUCAAUCGCAGCAGCAGCCACCGCAGCAACAGCAGCAGCAGCAACUUUCGAGACAUAGAACUGACACCAUGACUGAUCCUUCCAAAAUUCAGCCACAGUAGCACGAGGCUCUGCUUCUUCUGGAAGCAAACUGCAGGGAGGGGCUGCUCCAUAAACAGUUGCACUGAUGAUAGUAGAGGUAGAAGUCUGAAGGCUUUAUAAAAUACAGUAUUGAGAGCUCUGCUUCUAACUUCUGGAAUCUGUUUGCAGAAGAUAAUAUUGCAAGAUGCUGUUGAGGUACCUUAGGUAAAAGAAGAUGGCAAGGACAAGGCCAACUUUGACAGUGUUUUAGUUGCCCCAAUGUCUGUGGUGUUUUAAAGGAUGUGCUGCCAUGUUUAACUUGUCCAGAUCCAGUCACAAACCCUAAGUGAACUGAAAGGGCACUAAAAAUGUUGGUAUUUUUUAUCAGUCCUGUAAAUGUAUCAAGUGUUACAAUGGCCAUGCUGUUGCUGUAGCAGUUGUUUGAAUUUACUUACAAUAAUGCUACACAAACAGUCCAAAAGACAUGACAUUUUUUUCAGAUUAUUAUGGGACAGUAAAUAUUUUCAAAAUGUUGUGUGGAGUCAAAUUCUCUAUUGUACAGAUGCUGUAAAAUAUUGUGUAUAUGUCUGCAUAAAAGGAGAGAGAGCAAAAUAUUUUAUAUGAUGCAUGAAAAAAGUAAUCUGUUAUUUGUAGGUUUGAAUACAUUUCCCUAAAUUCUCACACCAUGCUCAGACUAAUAUUUUUCUCUGUUCUAUUCUUUGUUUACAACAUGAUGCAUCAAUUUUCACUCUUAGUAUGGGCACAAGUCUCUUGUUUGUGCUUUGUCUGUGAUGUCACGGUUUGUUCGGUGAGGUAUAGUGUGCUGGUUCGUUGACUUUUGGGGGUUAAAUUAUUGAUGAAACUGUUUGAACUGACAGUCAUGUUUCAGGGUUCAAAACGUUCAGAUCCGUAAAUAUCAUCCAUCAUUUCAUAAUUAUACAUUGUUUUUAUUGAAAAAUAGGAAUUUGCACUGCUUUACUGUGGAUGGUUUGGAAUUUUACUCCCCAAAGCUAUCUUUUGAUAUAGUUCAUAGUUGGAAAUAUUUAUGUAAAAGGUUUAAAAAAACUAUAUGAAAGUAAUUUUCAAGAAUGUUUCAGUUAUAGAAGUAAUUUGCACAAAAAUAUAUUUACAUUUAAUAAUGUUUUAGGCACUUUUUAAUCACCUUCUCUGUGGUGAGAAUUGUAACUUGUUAAAAUAUGUUGGAAUCUUUUUAUUCUCCUUUCAAAAUUAGACCUUUCUUUAGUCAGAACUGAUUCAGGGUCAUUUUAAAAACAAAACAAAAAAAAAACCAACAAAAAACCCAUAGUGCCUUGAUUUUAAUUCAGGUGAUAACAUUGAACAUCUUGAUUAUGUUGUCUUGAAUCUGUAACCAUUUACAGUUUUGAAGUCUUGGUACAUUGUCAACAAAACCUGUGUCUCUGCUGCAUAGCUGUUUCUCUAUAGUAUUAAUUUAUACAAGCAUUUGAACAAUCGUCUGAGUUGAGAUCCUGAACAUUUUUUAAAAGAGUGGAACACCAUUCAAAUGCUAAUCUGGAACAGAUAUAUGAUUUAACUUGUAAGUGUUCGAAUAGUAAAGAGCACCACUCUCUAGUGCCUCCAUAAAAGAGAUUAUUCAUUUAGGGAGAACAUAAUCUGAGUUUUUUCAAAGAGAUUAACUUUAAUUGGAAAUUGAUAGGAAAAUAGGUAUUUAGGAUUGCACAGGUUAAUACUAUCAGAAUAUUGAUAUAAAAGGGAUACCACUGAACUAAGACUUCAGAAGGCAAACCUCACUUUAUAAAGAUGAUAAAAAGUUCCAACAAAUGAUGUACUAUUUUUAAAUCAGUGCUCAGUAGAUUUUAUGGUACUAGAUUUUGAAAACUACAGCUGCAUAGCAAAAUGAAUAUAUACAAAGAUGGACCUAGCGGUUUAAAAAAUAAAAAUUAAAGCAUAAUAAUGAAAAGUAAUAUUAAAGAGGGAAAGGUUUUAGAGUCGAGCUGAAUUACGUCUGAGUAUUAGGGAGGAGUUGUAUGAAUGUAACCAAAUAGUGGUGGAAUAUUUCAUAUUAGGAAGCUUGAUUGUAUUAUUGAAUGAACAAAGGUCACUGAAAGGUAAUAUGAGGCUAGCGAAUAUUGGCCUACUUUCUCAAGAUAGUCUUGCCUUCUCCACUGUAUCCUGUUAUCAGAUUCUUCUUCUCUCCAGGUUCCCCUGCCACAGCACAGCAUCCCAAAAUCACAAAGCAAGUUUAAGAUUGGGUCCUGGAGAAUCACUGUGGAAAAGGGAGAAGAGUAUAAGGAAUGAAUAACCAAAGAGAAUUGCAUUGGUUUCUGCUCCGAAAAGCUGCUUGAACCCAGGAGCAAGGAACAGAUACCAAUAUUAAACAUAUCAAGGUUGCUUUCUAGCUCACGCUAGCAGUUUCUGUAAUUCCCUGAGCCAGCCUUGUUGUCAGAAACUUUUGGUUUUUAAGUUUUAGAAAAGUAAGUCUUCACUGACUUGUAUUUUUAUUUCAGACUGUUUUCUUAACCCUGCUAAACCAUUCCACUUGUGUCCAGAAUUAGGCUUUGUUGACUAGAGGUCUCAGCUAUCAAGAUUUUAUGUAGCAGAAAAUAGAAAUGUUAGACAGGUUUUCAGUCUGACAAUAAUAAAAUGGCACUAAAGAAGGAAACUGGGGGAGUUUGAAUUGUAAUGGUAACACAAGCCGUUAAACUGCAAUACUUGCAGAUACAGAACACAAUUAGGACAGCUGAAGUGUGUUUUGGGGGUGUAGGUUGUUGCCACAUUGGUCUAAGGACAGGCAGACAAGGUUCUUCAGGUGCAACCACCCUUCUUCAGGCAUAGGGAAAGUUUAGUAUGUAGCAUUUCAAAUCCUUCAACUCCCCAAAAUUCUUUGGUGCAUUACUAUACAUCAGAUGAUAAAAAGGCUACCUGAGAUCUGUAUGAGAGGUUGGUUAUAACAAGGCUGUUGGCAGAGUACUACAAUGCUACGUACUUUAAUUGAGAAGCCUUCCAUAACCUCCGAGAGAGGUCAACCAAAAAAACAAACAAACAAAAAAACCCUAUGCUUUCCUUGUUAGCUAAAAGAGGAAGGGGCAAUAAUCUAACUGGAAAAUUAUUGCAUAAGUUUGACAAGUUUCUAUCACAGUUCAGGCAAACUUUAAAGACAAAGAAAUUGGUAUUUCACCAAGCUUGAAUAUGAUUGAUAAGGCCUUGUUUAAAUCGCAGGCACAGCUCAUGGUGCAGUGGCUCCUUUAAUCUUGCAGCUUCCGUCCUUCCCCGCCCCAGUCCCUCCCUCCUCCCCGUGAGCCUCCCACCACAUUGCUUGCUCUUGAUGGCCGGGAGGCAAAACUGUUUUUUUUAAAUAUGCUGCAAUUCUUGCCUCCUGGUCAGGAGUAAGCAGCAGGGCCAACAGGGCACAUCGACCAAUUGGAGUGGGGGAUAUGUGAGGGGAACUCCAAGACUAAAGGAGUUGCUGUGCUGUGAGCUGGGCCUGUGAUAUAAACCAGGCCCUAAUGAUUGAUGUGAACAAUUUAUUUUGCUUCACAGCUUGCUACUAAAAAUUUGCACUAGAAAAAAAACUUACUAGAGGCAAUUGCAAAAUGCCUAACAACCUGGAGAAGGGAGAGAGGUAGAGUGGGCCUUCAGCCUCUCUUUUCUAAUCCAAGAUCUUUUUGCCUAACUCAUGCAUAGUCACACAUCUAUGGUUUGUGACCUCCCGUUAGUUCCAGUAAUUAUAAAGGUAUGAUACCACAGGCUCCAGAGCAUACAUAAUGUCACAGAAUAAUUCUGGCAGGAGGGAAGAAGCUGGUUAAGAAAAGAUUGUGUGUUUAUGGGCAAAUAUCAUGGUGAUGUAUGAGGAAGCAAGAAAAAUACAGCAUGGUUUUUUAAUGGUAUUUUGGAGUGAAUUAAAAUUUGCCUGGGUUGCGAGGAUUCAAAGAAAAGUCUCAGAGAAUUUCAGAGGGAAGAGAAAUAUAGCUAUUUUUAUAUUAUAUUUAAUAUAUAUUAUAUUUGUAUAUAAAUAUGAAAAGAUUCUAGUGAGAGCUGUCUGUAUGCCUUCCAUUUUACCAAGAAGUACACCUCCUGAAGCUAUGACCCCAGGGCAUCACCACCUUUUAUAGGCUCUGUGCUUACUGCCAGUCUACAUCCAAGUUAAUGUUCCAACAUUCUUUCAACAGCUAAGUCCCAAUUCAGCAAGGGGCUAAUGCUAAGACUGUGAGUUAGUCCCUUUAAGGCAACAUUCACGCACACGCCCCUUGUUGAAUAAGAUCUUGAAUUCUCACCAGGGCCCAUGCAAGCAAUUUUUCAUGGGAAAAGACUGAAAAGACUCCAGGCCCAAGUUGCACAUUUUGUUUUCUUUUUCUAUAGUUUGGAAUAAUGAUAAGCACUUUACUAAAAGUAACCAUGUGGAAGGCAGUUUAUUAUUUUGGGCAAUGGAGCUGUUCAGAGGUGCCCAAGGGGAUCAGAAUGUAGACAAUUGUCAGACUAGGGACAUUUCUGGAAAAUGUUUCUCAGUAGUGAUCCUUUGAGGCUCCAAGUGUAAGAUUCAAGUGGCAUCUAAAAUUGGUUGGCUUUGUUUUAAUGUGGCCAGGGGAAAGACUCCAUGAUUCCUAGCUUCCUUAGAGGAGAUAUUUUUCAAAUUGCACAAUUGUCUAUGAGAGAGAAACCACGAAGAGACUCAUUAGCCUGCUUAAUAAUUUUAAGUAGCCCUUAAGAUUAUAAUUUUCAUUAAAAAAAAAAAAUGUGUAGAAGGUUUACAGAUGUGGCCUUUUAAGACUGUUGCAGUCACCAGUUCUGAACUAGUUUGUAUUUUUAGAGAACACAAGAAUUUAUGAGUAUGUUAAAGGUUAUGACACUGGGUAAUGUCAGCGUGUUCUUGUUAGAUUUGUAAGUUUCUCUGUUUGAAACCAGCUUGAAACAGGAUACACUCACUUGAGUGUUGGGGAAGAUGGUUAUUUUCAUUAAAAGACAGAGAGAGCCAAGUUUAGUACUGAAUUUGCUUUAUACUUAUCCCCAAUGGAAAAAGUUGGAGAUAAUUUGAAAUGAAUUGGGAUAAAGACUUUUGUAUGCAGUAUAUUUAAACUUGAAUGUUGAACAGCUCAUAGUAAAUAAGGCAGACAUUGAGAUUUUUAAAUUAAAUUUUGUUGUCCAUAAUACUGUUUUGGGUAGUUUUUUUUUUCAAUAACCUGAUUUUAACACUACAUUCCUUGUUUUUUUCUUUAAUAAACAAGUAAUUUACAGGCUCUGUUUGCUAUGUUUCAUGCUUUGUCAUCUGCAUGGGUUUUGCCAGCAUGGUAUGCUUUUAUUCAAAGAAAUUGUACCAGGGAGUAAAAAAAGAAGGAAAAAAAACACACAAAACAAAAACACUGUGUAUGAACAAAAUACUGUAUUGCCUAAUAUGGAGACCCCAGCUAAGACUGAGAGGUGCUGCACUAAUAGACAAUCAAUAUGAUGACUAUUUAUGAAAGACUUUUGGGAAUGGUAUUAAAAGAAGUAACUGCUUUGAAAGCAGUAGAAGGGUUUUUUAAAAUAAGAAAUGGGGUAAAAUAUUUAUUUUAAAAUAUAUCAAUUAGAUUGAAUUUUGAGUUUUUAAGCAGUGUUGAUUUCACAGUGUCUUGGAUUUUGGUUUUGUAUUUUUUAACUGGCAUUAGAUUUGUAUAUGUAGAAAACUAGUGCCGCUCAUAUUGACGUCAGGAAAUGUAGAAACAGUUCCCUGGUGUUCAUGUGACCAUUACUAACUGUCAUUUUUUAACUGAAUAAAUGUAACUCAUUUGAAA